AUGGCUCCUCGACAGAAAAAUUGCGUAGAUGAUUCGAGAAAGAGGGAGAAGGCAACCUUCAAAAAGAUGUUUCCAGGUUUUAAGAAGAAAGCUUCGGAGCUUUCCGUUCUCUGUGGAAACUCUGUGGGUUUCAUAUGCUACGGUCCAGGUGGCGACGAGGAUGAUCUCUAUGUGUGGCCUGAGCCGCAAGAUAACCCACAAGCCUUACCACGACUCAUCUCCGAAUUUAACAAACAGAGCAAUCUAAAGAGACAGAGAUACGCAACUCAACUCACUGAUGAUUUCCAAUAUCUUCUCGAGGGUUUGUCUGUUGAGGAACUGACAAAUCAUCUCGCAGACAUUAACUCACAAUUGGUCGGAAUCAGACAGAAGAAGUUAGAAAUUCUGAUCAAGACGGUGCCGGAAGAAGAUGGUCGUCCUAGGGUUUCAGUCUCAGAGAACGUUUCCGUUUCGGGAAAGGAAGUAGAUUUGGCAUUAGGGUUUCCCGGCGGCGAUUAUUUUCCGGCGGAGGACCCAAUGGCGGUUAAAGGGUUUUGUGGGGAUGAUUGUAUUUGGGAUUCUUCUCAGCUGGAUUUGGAGUUUUUCGGUUUCAAGACGCAGCCACUUUGUGGACAAUAG